AUGUCCCCAUGUCCCCAGCGCCUGGCCCAUGAGUGCCUCUCGCAGAGCUUCGACAGCGCCAAACACGCCCCCGCCCUGGUCCCGGCGGCCCCCAAGGGCGAGGGGGGGGGUCUCGGGAGCCCCCUGCCCUACACGCAGUACCUGCCCCUCAUCAAGGCCCAGAUCGGGGCCAAGGACAUCCACAACGCCCUCCUCGAGGGGGCCAACAAGAUCACGGGCAAGCUGCCCCCCCCGGGGGGGCCCUGAGGGGCCGGGACCCCCGGGGGACCCCCCAGAUGCAGCAGGGGGGGGUUAA